AUGUAUGCGCAGUCAAAUUUAAGUACGGCGAUGCUCGGCUUCAAUUCGUCGGAGAGCGAUUACACUCCAUACAAAGAGCGCGUUGAGACCUAUUUGGUUCCUAUCAUAUUUGCCAUCAUUUUCAUUGUAGGCGUUCUUGGUAAUGGUACAUUGGUUAUAGUUUACGUUCGACAUAGGGGAAUGCGAAAUGCACCUAAUACGUACAUAUUUUCCCUUGCGCUAGCAGAUUUGCUCGUUAUCCUAAUCUGCGUGCCCUUUGUGUCCGUCAUUUAUACACUUGAAUCGUGGCCGUGGGGGGAAGCCAUUUGCAGGAUAUCGGAGACGGGGAAGGAUAUAAGUAUUGGUGUAUCCGUGUUCACACUCACCGCGCUAUCAGCUGAGCGAUAUUGCGCCAUUGUCAACCCUUUUAGAAAGCUUCAGCUACGCAAGCUUCCUUUGGUGUGUGCGACAAUCAUAUGGGCCGCUGCACUUAUAUUUGCAGCACCGGCAGCGCUUUUUUCCACAAUAAUCACAGAAGAUAUCGACAGCAAUGUCUCAAUUGUUUAUUGCUCCCCAUAUCCAGCGGACUGGCAUAAUUAUUCCAAAUGGAUGACUUUAACGAAGGCAGUCGUUUACUACGCUUUACCGCUUCUAGUGAUUGCAUUCUUUUAUUCCUUAAUGGCGCAACGCCUACUGGCGAGUACUAAGGAGAUGCCGGGUGCGCUACACGGUGGGCAAGGCGAAGCACAGGCCAAAGCAAGAAAGUCUGUCGCUUGCAUGGUCUUGAUAUUUGUCAUUGUAUUUUUCAUUUGCUUCUUACCGUAUCAUGCACUGGAGGUUUGGUUCUACAUGUCGCCGACAGCUCAAAGCGACUAUAAUGACUGGACCCACGCUCUCCGAAUAAUCGCUUUCUGUCUAAGUUUUCUCAACUCCUGCGUUAAUCCGGUCGCCUUAUACUGCGUGAGUGGCGUCUUCAGACAGCACUUCAACCGAUAUCUCUGCUGCCGUCGAGGCGCCCUCCAUCCAACUUGCAGUUCUAGAUUGUCCAGAACGGCUAUAUGCGAGACGUCCUUUAGAAGCACUCAACGCCAUCGCUGUAAUAGGAAUCCAACGGAAAGUGUCGUUAUAUCUAACUACGACUACGGCAGCUCAAAGAAGAAGAACAACAUCAUAUCCAGGAACAGCGCGGAUGGAGUCACAAUCAUGACCGUCAGGGACUCCAAUGAUUUCUUGGCGGAUGUCAAUGAGAAAUGCAUUGAUAGAUAAGUAAAUAUAGAUAAAAUAUCAACGAUCGUCAUAUUGUUGUAUUAAAUAUAACCUUUAAGCAUUUA